AUGGCCUUCAGCAAAAGUUUCAAAGUUCUCGGUACCAUGACAACCACUUUGUUACUCCUUACUGCCGUCAAAGCGAGCAUCGCGAUCCCCAGCACCGGCACUACAUCGCUAAGAGAAGAGGCGCAUAAGAAGAACAUCACGAUUGGAUCUGGAGCUAUCAACCCGACAUACCUUGAAGAUCCUGUCUUCGCAGAUGUCCUCGCUGAGCAAUUCAACAGCUUGCAUCCUGAAAAUGAGAUGAAAUGGUCUUUCAUCAACCCUUCGCCGGGCCAUUACAACUGGGAUCCUAUCGAUCGUCUCGUUGAUUUCGCCAACAAACAUGAUAUGUUGGUCAAAGGGCAUGGACUCAUCUCGAGCUGCUGCAAUCCCAACUUUGUAGUCAACAUCACCAAUCCCAAAGCGUUGCGUGCCGCGAUGACGACUCAUUUCGAAGCUAUCAUGCGUCGGUACGAAGGACGAAUCGACCGAUGGGACGUGGUCACUGAGGCUCUCAAGACUAUGGGUGGAGGCUUGAAUGCAAAUUACUUCUCUAGGCAACUUGGUCCGGGUUACAUCAACGAAGCCUUCCGCAUCGCACGGGCUGCGUCCCCUGGAGCCAAGUUGUACAUCAACGAAAACCAAGUAGAAGUGCUUCCCGGCAAGCGUCAAGAGCUUCAAGACCUGGUUUCUGGACUUGUUGCAGAUGGCGUUCCAAUCGAUGGAGUCGCCCUGCAAAUGCACAUCACCGAAGUGGCUCCGGUACCCGAUGUAAUAACCGACAUGGUUCGUUUCUACAAAGCGCUCGGGCUGCAAGUCGAAAUCGCCGAGAUGGACGUGCACACACUCAAUAAAACACUCGAGACUCAGAUAUAUGGUGCCGUUAUCAAGGAGGCUUUGAAGGCAGGAAUCACCGAUAUCAACUUCUGGGGCUUUACUGAUAAGCAUGCUUACACUUGGGUGCCAGGCGCAAAGCCGCUCAUGUUUGAUGAGAACUACAGACCAAAGGGAGCUUUCUAUGCGACUCAUAGUGCUCUAGAGGAGUUUGUCAACGAAUGCUAG